AUGGCUGAAAAGGAAGCUGCAAUAAACACUCAUCCCAACGAAACUCCGGAUCCUCAAAGUCCAUCACCCGGAGAUUUGACAGAGCAACCACCAUCUGAACAAGACCCUAAUCUGGUGACAUGGAACGGUCCCGAGGACCCGGGCUAUCCCAGGAAUUGGCCGUCGGGCAAGAAAUGGGCUACCAUCAUUCCCAUGUCGCUGUUCACUCUUUUGACUUCCAUGAGCUCGGCCAUAAUGGCCCCAGCCCUAAAUAACAUUCAGCAGGAUCUCCACUUCUCGUCCAGUACGAUGGGCGUUAUAUCCCUGUCUGUUUACUUGCUAGGAGUGGCAAUCGUUCCCUUGUUUACGGCGCCUUUGUCAGAGGUAUUUGGAAGGAUGAUAGUCCUUCAGGUUACUGAUAUGUUUUUCAUUAUCUUCAACACUCUAUGUGGAGUUGCAAAAACCCCAAACCAGUUGAUUGGCUUCCGUUUUUUAGCUGGUCUGGGCGGCGCAGGAGCUAACACGAUGGGCGCUGGCCUCACCACAGACCUAUUUGAGCCUGACAAGCGCGGUAGUGCUCUAUCCCUCUAUCUCCUCGCCCCUUCGAUCGGCAUGACCGUCAGCCCUAUCGCUGGCGGCUUUCUCGUGCAAUAUACGACGUGGCCAUGGUGCUUCUAUCUUGUAUCCCUCGUGGCUGGCGCGGUGCAGAUUUUGGGCCUGCCCUUCUUUCGCGAGACUUAUGCUCCAGUUCUGCUGCAGAGACGGUGCAAGCGUCUACAGAAUACCACCGGGAACCUAAAUCUGUACACGCACCACGACAGCGUCUCCCUGCCCCAUCUGCUCCGGCUUAGCCUCGUCCGACCAAUAAAGUUGCUUGCCACACAACCGGUGGUGCAAGUCUGGAGUGUGUAUUGUGCAUACAUCUACGCGAUUCUAUACCUGCUCAUUUCGAGCUUCCCCAAUGUGUGGACAGGCAUAUACGGAGAAUCCGUGUCUAUCGGCUCCCUCAACUAUAUCUCCUUAUUCCUGGGUAUGGCCUUUGCUUCGCAGGUUGGAAUGCGCCUUGCCAAUCGGUCCUACAGGAAGCUGUGCAGUCAGCAUAGUGGACGCGGCCUGCCCGAGUUUCGCCUGCCAGCCCUGAUGAUCGGUGCGGUGAUUAUCCCAAUCGGCCUUCUCUGGAAUAUCGGCGCAGCCAUUUACGGCGCCGGUGUGCUACAUGAGAUCCAAUGUAUAGUUGGGUACAUCAUGGAUACAUACCCCAAGUAUGCCGCCAGUGCGGUAGCGGCGGUGAUGUGCAUCCGGAGUCUGCUUUCCUUUGCGUUGCCACUAGCCGCGCCGCGGUUGUAUGGGAAUCUCGGCCUCGGAUUGGGGAAUACACUCCUGGCUUUGAUCGCGGUUGUGGUGGGCAUUCCGGCGCCGAUUUUGUUGAAACGAUACGGAGUGGCACUGCGGCGACGGAGUCCAUAUGCGCGGGAUGAUUAG